AUUUAAACUUGUUUUACAUAUUAAAUAAAUAAACUAUAUUCUUAAUAGUUAAUUGAGCAUCGCGUAGUCCCACUUCUUGGCUAGCUUUCCUUUCUAGAUUCAUCACCGGAUAUCGACAGUCGCCGCAUUUCCUAUUCUCGCGAGAGGAAUAGCCAGGCACACAGCUGCGUUUAUUCGUCGCUCCCACCAUCUCGGCUCGGCUUGACUCGGCUCGACCGGCAACUGUUUAUCCCUCUCCUUUAUCCAGGAGCAGCCUGUUCCUUCCUCUUCUCCUUUUUCGCUGCAUUUUUCCUUCUCGCGGUCAGAACGCGGCACGAUAACCUGACGAACGGAGGGAAAGUUCUCGUAGUCUCUGCAGUGGUACUGGACCGGUCGUGGCCAACCAGAUCGUAAGAUUCGGUCGCUCGCGCGGGGUGUCGCGUGUUGCAAGGUGAACGAGUUGUAGCGCGGUACAUCGUGUGCAGUCCACGAUUGUGUUGACCAGUCAUACGAUAUGGCAAAGGUUGUGAAGUGUCGAUCAGACUGAAGCCUCCUCCUCGUUGUGUUAACAUCGCGAUCGCGGUCGCUAUCGCAAUUCAUUAUCGUGAUUCACGCGAAUGUCUAAAGGCCAGCUGGUACCGGUUGCUGAGGGACGCGCUUACCGCCGACGAUAUACAUAUCGCUAUACUAGUGCGAUAAAAUACGAUUUCGAUAUUAAAACCAAAGUGUGCGAUGAACGUUUGAUCAAAUCAAAGCGAUUGCUGCAUCGCGGGGACCUGUCGUUUCGCGGUUGACAACAGCGGCGGACGAACGCAGGAGAAUCCAAGCGACAUUGACUCGCGUGAUUUCGAGAAGAUCGGUUUCCGGCGCGCGGUGCGUUUAACGGGAACCUGAGCUCAGGAAACGUACCAGUUUCAUCGCGGCUUGCAACGCGCGCAUAUCGAAGAAAGGUGCAGGCCUGGUGACAGUGAUUAGGAGAAAAUUCCGAUCAAAUUCGUUGGUUCUUCGGACAGUGAAUUCCGAAGACAGAAGUGCGGAGGAGGUGGAGUGCGUGGUGUGAAAAGUGGUGUGUCUUUGCGGCACGUCGAUUGAGGGGAGAUUUUAACGCGUGUGCAACGCGCGUUCGGAUUCGCUGAAUAUCAAUUCGUGUAAUAACCGUGAAUAAAAAAGCGUGAUGCAUCUUCAUUAGCAGCUCGACAGUGUUAACAAGUGUAGGAGAUGCCUGCGUUGAAGCUUUUCGGACGAAAAUGGUUGGCGGCAACCGACGAUCUCGUGUAUCCCGGCUUGUUCGAAUUAUUUAUACGUGUCAUAUGGUUGAUUCUUAUAGGGAUCGCCUGCGCAAGGUAUUACGAAAAUACGUGGAAUUGUCGGUUGGGAGGUGAAUUAGUGCGUGCUUAUCUUCUCGGCGAAGCGGUCAUGCUUGGUAUCGUUACGCUUUUGAUACUAAUCAUCAUUAGGCAUAGCGCGAGGGGGGCCAUCAUGGACACGCAUGCCCGACGUUACGUCGAACCGCUCUUGAUGUUCAAAAUAUUAAUGCUGCUGCCAGAGGUCGGAUGGAACAUUUUGGGCACAAUGUGGAUUUUCGGGCAGAGCGUGGAAUGUAACCACGAGCACUACUCCAUCACCGUUGUGAAAGCUUUAGUGUUCUUCGAUUGGAUCUUAAUCGGUCUCAGCAUCUUUGGCCUCGCUUUAGUGUUCGACCCGAUCGGUUCCUUAGAAAAGAAGCAUCUGGAGAAUUCCGUGGAACAUGGCAAGGUCUCGCGCAUCUGGCUGCGGAGAUUCAAGUUUCUGUGGUGGAUGCGCAAAGACGAGAGCGCGAGCGAGACUUUUCAACAUGUUGCUGGUCUUUUAACCGCAUUAUUCCGAGGUACGGACUUGGUUCCUUCGGAUGUAAUGGCAGGAUGCAUUCUACUGCGAGUCCGACAAAAACAAGAAACUCACGAAUUGCGAAGCUUGAAUCUAAUCGGGCGUUCAAAAUAUACUGCAGACGCCGAUACAAUUUUUGCCGGGACGCCUACCUGGAUGUCCUUGGAAGCUGCCCAUCAUUUUUUACGACUGUCGAUCGCUUCCUACGGCUGGCUUUUUGUAAUAUAUCAGCAUAUGUGCACUGGAUGUUUUCGUUUAAUACGCGGCAUGACGUGCUGUGCUUGUUUUCGGCGAAAACGUAACAUUAUUCUGGGCGACAAUUGUUGCCUCUGUUAUCUGUCCGGUGUUAAAUAUUUGUCGCAGCUAUCCGAGGAGGAUAUUCUGUUUGCUUCCUUCAAGAAUCACUUAUGCGAAAUACCGUUCUGCGUAAUUGCCGAUCAUAAAACUGGUAGUAUCGUCGUGGUUAUACGAGGGUCAUUAUCUUUACGGGACUUGAUCACUGACUUCGCGGCUGCAUCCGAUUUAUUCGAAUGUUCCGGCGUUCCUCCGGGCAGCACGGCACACAAAGGCAUGAUAAUAGGCGUGAAAGUAAUCUUAAAGCGAUUGGAGAAUUAUAAAGUCCUAGAAAAAGCGUUCGCUACAUAUCCUAAUUAUCAUCUAACGAUUACAGGCCAUAGUCUGGGAGCUGGUUUAGCCAUACUACUAGGAUUAUUGAUACGUCCUCGUUAUCCGAACGUGAGAGUCUACGCGUUUGCUACGCCCGCUGGACUACUCAGUAGAGAAGCUGCCAGAGUCACAGAAGAAUUCGUGCUAACCAUAGGACUUGGGGAUGAUCUUGUAAUGAGGCUCAGUGUGGAUAGUAUAGAAAAUUUAAGGACGUCGUUAUUAACAAAUCUGCAAGCCUGCCGAUUGCCUAAGUACAGAGUGAUUUUGAACGGAUUUGGAUACGCUUUGUUUGGAGUUCCUGAACGAGAUUUAACUAAAACGUGGACUAAUUAUAAUUUAGUUAACGGAAAUUCCGGUCAAUCGCCUUUGUUUACUAAGCCCAGCAACACGGACGAUAAAAAAAUAGAGCGCGAUAUAACAAAAAGAAGAUAUUCGCAAGUAAAACUGUUUAACGCUGGUCGUAUACUUCAUAUCGCAAGAUGUAAGCUUGAAAAAACAAAAGGAAAAAGCAAAAAACAACUCAUGAAAGAGAGAAAAUAUGAGAUGCGAUGGGCACAGGCAGAAGAAUUUACAAAAUUAUCAGUAAUGCCACGCAUGCUCUUAGACCAUUUGCCAGAAAAUAUGGAAAAGGCUUUAACCAGGUUGUUGGAACAACAAAAGGACAUACCUUAUUACUUCGAUCCUUAGUAUAACCCAAAGAAAUAACUUUAUAAUUUUAAUAAAAACAAGUUUCAAAACACA